UUCCCCAUUUAAUUCGGCCCCCUCUCCAAUUCUCGACGGAAUUGGAGCUUUCAUCAUCAUCGUCUGCGAUGGCGUCUUCGACCGUAGUUGGGUUCGUGGGGCUCGACGAGCUCAGCUUGGAGAUCGCUUCCUUGCUCGUCAAAUCCGGGUUUCGCCUUCAGGGAUUCGAGGUGACCGAGUCCUCUCUGAUGAAUGGGUUCUUGGCGUUGGGUGGAGUGAAGUGCCGAUGUCCUAUGGAGGCAGCAAGGGGUGCUACAUUUGUGAUUAUUGUGGCCUCCGUGAAUGAAUUGCAUGAGGUUCUCUAUGGAGAGGAGAAUGUAGCAAAAGGAUUAUACAAAGGUUCAGUCAUUAUCUUUCGAUCAACAUUGCCUCCAAGUCAUACUCAGAAGAUCGAGAAGUAUCUCACAGAGGAGGUAGGAGAUGUGGCUUUUGUUGAUGCACACAUUUUUCGUGGAGUUUCUGAGGAGAUGAAUGGAAAAAUUAUUAUUGUUGCAUCUGGACGUGGAAGUACAAAUGAAAAAAUUCAACCUUUCUUCUCAGCUAUUAGCAAGAAGGUCUAUUUUUGUCAUGAUGAAAUUGGUACUGGAAGUAAGAUUUGGGCUGUGAAUAGUCUUCUAGAAGGCAUUCAUCUUGUUGCUUCUGUGGAAGCCAUAUAUCUUGGAGUUAGAGCAGGACUUCAUCCAAUGGUUCUCUAUGACAUAAUUUCAAAUGCUGCUGGAAGUUCAUGGAUCUUUGUAGAUAUAAUCCCCAAAUUGUUGAGUGCUGACCAAUUACUCACAUAUUAUUUGAAUAAUUUGGUGAAAGAUACUGGUCUUGUGAUGGGCAUGGCGAAAUCCGUUAACUUUCCUCUUCCAUUACUAUCUAUGGCGCAUCAACACUUAAUACAUGGCUCUUCAUGUAAAAAUGGAGAUGAUGCUUCUGCUGCACCAUUGAAGACAUGGGAACAAAUAUAUGGAGUAGAUAUCCAGGAUGCAGCUAACAAGAAGUCCUAUAUCCCAGGGCAACUCGCUGAUGAACUUGUUCCAAAAUCAAAGGCAGUGAAUAAAAUUGGUUUUAUAGGCCUUGGAGCAAUGGGAUUUGGUAUGGCGGCCCAUUUGUUAAGAUCAAACUUUCAUGUUAUUGCCUAUGAUGUAUACAAGCCAACAUUAUCCCGGUUUGCAGAAUUAGGUGGCACCACUGGUGAUUCUCCAUUGGAAGUAUCAAAGGAUGUAGAAGUGCUUAUAAUCAUGGUUGCUAAUGAAUCACAAGCUGAAAAUGUAUUGUAUGGAAAUGAUGGUUCUCUUUCAGCACUUCCUUCUGGAGCAACCAUUAUUGUUUCUUCGACGGUCUCCCCUGGGUUCCUGAUUGGUCUUGAACAACGCUUAAAAGGUGAAAACAAAGGUUUCAAUUUGGUGGAUGCACCAGUAUCAGGUGGUGUUAAAAGGGCAGCUGAAGGAACACUCACGAUUAUGGCUUCUGGCACUGAUGAUGCUCUUUCAAGCACUGGUAAUGUUCUUUCAGCACUAAGCGAGAAGCUCUAUGUCAUCCAAGGUGGAUGUGGAGCGGCAAGUUCUGUUAAAAUGGUUAAUCAGUUGCUUGCUGGAGUUCAUAUAGCUGCAGCAGCUGAAGCAAUGGCAUUUGGAGCUCGGCUGGGAUUAAAAACCAGAGAACUAUUUGAAAUUAUAAUGCAUGCAGGAGGUUAUUCAUGGAUGUUUGGGAAUCGCGUCCCUCACAUGUUAGAAAAUGACUAUACACCGUACUCUGCAGUUGAUAUCUUUGUGAAAGAUCUCGGAAUUGUAUUGAAUGAAAGCUCCAGUCUUAAGAUCCCACUUUAUUUAUCAAGUGUGGCUCACCAACUUUUUCUAUCAGGUUCAUCAUCUGGUUGGGGUCGAUGUGAUGAUGCUGCUGUUGUCAAGGUAUAUGAAACAUUAACUGGUGUUAGAAUUGAAGACAAAAACCCUAUUAUCAGUAAAGUAGAUAUGUUCAAGUCUCUCUCACCAGAAUGGCCCGGGAAUCCAUUGGAAUAUCUUAGUUCAAUGGAAUGUCAAAGUAAAUCUAAAGUUUUAGUGGUCUUAGAUGAUGAUCCGACUGGAACUCAAACUGUCCACGACAUAGAAGUCUUGACAGAAUGGAACAUUGAGAUGCUUGUUGAACAGUUCAGCAAAAGGCCUACAUGUUUUUUCAUUUUAACUAAUUCACGAUCUCUGACCACUGAGAAGGCUAUUUUGUUGACCAAAACCAUAUGUAGAAAUGUAGAAGCUGCAGCUCAAGCAGUGAAGGGCAUUGAUUUCACUAUAGUACUAAGAGGUGAUUCAACUCUUCGGGGUCACUUUCCUGAGGAAGCUGAUGCAGUAGUAUCAGUACUAGGAGAGAUGGAUGCAUGGAUCAUUUGUCCUUUCUUUCUACAAGGAGGACGUUACACUAUUGAUGAUAUCCAUUAUGUUGCAGAUGCCGAUAGGCUUGUUCCUGCUGGAGAGACUGAGUUUGCUAAAGAUGCUGCAUUUGGUUAUAGAUCUUCCAAUCUUAGAGAGUGGGUUGAAGAGAAAACAAAAGGACGAAUUCCAGCCAACAAUGUUUCAUCAGUUUCUAUUAACCUCUUGCGUAAAGGAGGGCCAGCUGCUAUCUGUGAGCAUCUUUGUAACCUGCAAAAGGGUUCAAUAUGCAUUGUAAAUGCUGCAAGUGAAAGAGACAUUUCUGUUUUUUCUGCAGGCAUGAUACAAGCUGAAAUAAAAGGAAAACGUUUCUUAUGUCGAACUGCUGCAAGUUUUGUGUCUGCUCGAAUUGGAAUAGAGCCAAGACCUCCCAUCCGCCCAAGUGAUCUUGGCAUAACCAAAGACACAAGUGGUGGCCUCAUCAUUGUGGGCUCAUAUGUGCCUAAAACGACAAAGCAGGUUGAAGCACUUAUAUCACACUUUGGCCCAAAACUAAAAUGUGUCGAGGUCUCAGUUGAUAACAUUUCCAUGAAAUCAAUUCAAGAAAGAGAUGAAGAGAUCAAUCAUGUAGCAAAUGUUGCAAGUGCUUCUCUUAAAGCUGGCAAAGACACUCUUGUGAUGACCAGCCGGCAACUCAUUACUGGAAGAUCUCCUGAAGAAAGUUUAGAAAUCAACUCUAAAGUCAGCUCUGCUCUGGUUGCUAUUGUUCAACAGAUUACUACUCGUCCUCGUUAUAUCCUUGCCAAGGGUGGAAUUACUUCAUCAGAUAUUGCUACAAAAGCUUUAGAAGCAAAGCGUGCCAAGGUAAUUGGACAAGCAUUGGCCGGCGUCCCCUUAUGGCAGCUAGGUCCAGAAAGCCAUCAUCCAGGGGUUCCAUAUAUUGUUUUUCCAGGUAAUGUUGGUGAUAACAAUGCCAUAGUUGAUGUUGUAACAAGUUGGGCUCGUCCUUCUAGGUCAACAAAGGAUAUUCUUCUAAAUGCAGAGAAGGGUGGAUAUGCUGUUGGAGCAUUCAAUGUGUAUAAUCUCGAAGGUGUUGAAGCAGUUAUUUCAGCUGCUGAGGCUGAAAAUAGUCCUGCCAUUUUGCAGGUUCAUCCAGGUGCUCUGAAACAUGGUGGAGUUCCUUUGGUUGCAUGUUGCAUUUCUGCUGCUGAACAGGCCAGGGUCCCAAUUACUGUUCACUUUGAUCAUGGCAAUUCAAAGGUUGAGGUACUUGAAGCUCUUGAAUUGGGAUUCGAUUCAGUAAUGGCUGAUGGUUCUCAUCUUCCUUUUGAAGAGAAUGUCUCAUACACAAAAUUCUUAACAUGUCUAGCACGUGCUAAGGAAAUGCUAGUCGAAGCUGAACUUGGGCGGUUGUCAGGCACUGAAGAUGACUUGACAGUUGAAGAUUAUGAAGCCAGAUUGACCGAUGUUAAGCAGGCUCAAGAAUUUAUUGAUAAGACAGGAAUCAAUGCUCUAGCUGUGUGCAUUGGCAAUGUACAUGGGAAAUACCCAUCUAGUGGUCCAAAUCUUAGACUUGACUUGCUAAAGGAACUUCGGGCAUUGACUUUAGACAGAGGAGUCCAUUUAGUUCUUCAUGGAGCAUCUGGUCUGCCAAGUGAUCUUGUUAAGGAGUGCAUAGCUCUGGGUGUCCGGAAGUUCAACGUGAACACAGAAGUCCGGAGUGCUUACCUGGAUGCUCUGCAGAAGCCCCAUAAAGAUUUGGUUCAUCUGAUGGCAUCAGCAGAGGAAGCAAUGAAAGCUGUGAUUGCCGAGAAGAUGCACCUCUUUGGCUCAGCUGGAAAAGCACAGGCGAGUGCACCAUGAGCAUUUCUUUUCUCAUCAAUUAUGAUCAGGAGUCGGUCUUCUAUGGCUGCCCCCAUUCAAGGUCACGUUCCUAAGCAUUGCACUGCUUCCUAUCACUGUUUCAGUGUGUCAUCGAGCUAUCAUUCUCUUUGAUUUGGGAUUCUAUUCUUACUUUCCUUCUUGCUACCUACCGUCCCUAUUUCAGUGUUGCUUCCCUCUCCUUUUGAUCACCACUUAAAACACUUUUGCCUUUUGCAACUGCUAAAUUGAUGAUAUGGAUGACGUAUCAAUAAAAGGUAGCACAUAUAGCGUUCUUGGUUUGUUUCAUCUUCCUCAA